GGCCGGUCCCAGGGGGCGGUCAGCCGGCCGGGAGCCGAUGGAGCCGAGCAGCGGUCUGGAGGCUGGGCCGGAGGCGGAGCGGGAGGAAGGGGAGCCCGCGGUGAAGAAGCGGCGGCUUCUGUGUGUGGAGUUUGCCUCGGUGGCGAGUUGCGACGCCGCCGUGGCGCAGUGCUACCUGGCCGAGAACGACUGGGAGAUGGAAAGAGCGCUGAACUCCUACUUCGAGCCGCCGGUGGACGAGACCGCCUUAGAGAGGCCCCCGGAGCCCCCGGCUGCGCCCGAGUCCUGUGUUGACCUAACCAAUGAGGAAACAACUGAGUCCGUUAGUUCUAAAACCAGCACAGCUGAAAAUAUUCAGCAAGAAGAUGGCAGCAUGUUCUCUUUCAUUACCUGGAAUGUUGAUGGAUUGGAUUCAAACAAUCUGCAAGAGAGGGCUCAAGGAGUGUGUUCCUAUUUAUCUUUGUACAGCCCAGAUGUGAUAUUUCUACAAGAAGUUAUUCCUCCAUAUUGUAGCUACCUAAAGAAGAAAGCAAGUAGUUAUGAGAUUGUUACAGGUAAUGAAGAAGGAUAUUUCACAGCUAUAAUGUUGAAGAAAUCGAGAGUGAAAUUUAAAAGCCAAGAGAUUAUACCUUUUCCAAAUACAAAGAUGAUGAGAAAUCUUUUGUGUGUGCAUGUGAAUGUGUCAGGAAAUGAACUUUGCCUUAUGACUUCCCAUUUGGAGAGCACCAGAGGGCAUGCUAAGGAACGAAUAAAUCAGUUAAAAAUGGUUUUGAAGAAAAUACAAGAGGCUCCAGAGUCAGCUACCAUUAUAUUUGCUGGAGAUACAAAUUUAAGGGAUCAAGAAGUUACCAAAUGUGGUGGUUUACCCAACAACAUUUUAGAUGUCUGGGAGUUUUUGGGCAAACCUAAGCAUUGCCAGUAUACAUGGGAUACACAAAUGAACUCUAAUCUUGGAAUACCUGCUACUUGUAAGCUUCGUUUUGAUCGAAUAUUUUUCAGAGCAGCAGCAGAAGGUGGCCACGUUAUUCCCCGAAGUUUGGACCUCCUUGGGUUGGAAAAACUGGACUGUGGUAGAUUUCCUAGUGAUCACUGGGGUCUUCUGUGUAACUUAGAUGUAAUAUUGUGAAAUGCUUUUCAAAUGGGAGUUUCAAUGUUCUGAGUAAUUUUGUUCUGGACUUUUGCAAAUACAAUUUGUAGCUGCCUAGAAAGGUAGGUUUAAUAGGAGAAAUUAAUAUGCUGGAUAAUUGUAACAAAAGAAAAAGCUACUGUGAUUUUCUUUUGUGGAUUGCAUCCUCAGAUUUCAGAACUAAAUAUUAAUGUUUAUUUAGACUAAAGCAUACCUGUGUUCAGAGUAUGAGGCCUCUUAAUGAAAGGGAACAAAAGGCUAUUGGAGCUUUUAAUAGUGCUCAUAGGUGCCAGCUGGAUUUCAAGCCGGGCCACAUUGUCUUUGGGCUAGCCUUUGUAUUUGGGCUAGCCUUUGUAUUUGAUUUAUUUUUUACAUCAGGAACCAAAAUAGUUGAUACCUUACAUAAGUCUUCAAAUAAAAAAAUAAGUUACUGAGUCCUUGGAACUGGAUCUUUUAAUAAUAUUUUACAAAUUCAGAUAAUCUUAAAUGAAAAAGCCAUGAUCAUCUGCAUUUAAGUGGAUGACAACUAUCCUAUAUCAGACUUUAUUUCUGUCAGCUAACAACAUAAUUAGUAAGCUAUAAAUGAACUCUUGUGAUUUAAAAUUCCUUAUCUUUUUAAGAUUCAUGUUUGUAGUUAUGUCACCAGUAGAGGCAAAUUAGGCUUGAUAAUGAUUAAAGUCAGUUUUAUGGUGACAUUGGACUUUUUUCCUAAGAGAAAAAUAAAUGUGUAAAGAGAAAUAGCCUUCUAGUUUUGCUACUUAUAAAAUUGAAUUAUUUUACAAUUGAAUUAUUUUACAAGAGGUGAAUAAGGAACACUUUUACAUGUGCUUUAAGGAAACAUUUUUUUCUCAGAGAAAUGUACUUUAGAUAAAGAAUUUUUCCUCAGAGAAAUGUACUUUAAAUAAAGAAUUUUACUUGUU